CCUAUGCACACACAGGUCUCCACACAUUAGAGACCCAUGGAACACUGCCAUCGACAGCUACCAGCUUGCAUGCUUACAAGAGCAGAGGAACACUUUGCUGAUGAUGUAGUUAAUACCUUUACAUACUGGCAGGCUUUAGGCUGGAUUGAAGAAAAGCAAAUCUUUUUAAAAAUAUUUAUUGAUUUACUCAAACUCUAUCCAAGAAUUAUCCAAGAAAAAGCUUAUGAUACCCUCUGGAAUUUUAUUCUCCCAUUAUUACCAAAUUCUGUUUCAGGUUUAGCUCAGCUAGAUACUGUCUCACCUCUUCAUGUGCAAAUUUCUUCACCAGCCACUUCCCCAGAAUCUGCCACAUGUAUAGAUAGCUUUUUAAUUAGUACUAACCAAGAGACAAAAGCUAUUAAGAAUGAGACCUUACAACCAACUGGUGUGAAAAUAUCUGAUAAUGUUUUUAAAAAAAAAGUCCAGUUCAGAAAAAAGAAAAAAAGCACAAAAAUUUCAAAAAUUCCUUCAGUUUUUGUCUCAUCUAUUGCUGCUGCAUCUCACCUGGAGAGUAAGAGAUUACCUCAAGAAAACACUCUGUAUACAAGUAAAGUGUUUGUAUGUCGGGAUCCAAAUAAUGUCAAAGAUACUAUGAGUUCUGCUGUAUUAGGAUCUGUAUCAGCUGUUACAUUUCUCCAUUGUAUGGUUCCAACUUUACAAUCAUCAAAUAACAUAAUCACAGAAUGUAAUGCUUUCAUAUUCAUUUUUAAUGAAUCAACCAUUUCUUCUAGCGAAUGUCUUUCACAACUGAAACAAGCUCUUGACUACCAUUUGCCAAUUAUUUUUGUACGUUACCCAGACUUUCAGCUUCCUUGUAACAUGAAAGAAAUUAUAACCAAAUGUUGUGAAUCAACUGAUAAUCUAAAUCAGUAUCUUUCUGUAAGAAGGCGAAGCUUUGUAAUUUCGAAUUCUUUGAAGAACAAUCCAAAUUUAAGUGACAUCGGUUGCUUGUCUGGCCGAGAAAUGACAUCUACUUCUCCUUUACUAAAGCAUUCAAAGAACAAUAAAAAAUCUCUGUUUAUUUCUACAAAUAAAAAAUCUGAAAUCUUUCAAAAAACUGUUCAAAAUGUUAUAAAUGCCUUACAGAAUGGCUACAAACAAUCACACUUGUACUCAUAUAAGUUACAUGUCAGUUGUAUUUCACAAAUUAUAGAUUCUAUAGCUCGUGUUCUUAAAACACCAAUAUCUUAUGACACUGCAUAUUUCCAACAGACCAAAAAAUAUCCCUGCAAGAAAACAUCACUUCAUUCCAAGAUUACUUCACCAAUGAAUAAGAAAAUGGAGAAACCAAAGAACAUUGCAAAAGAAAAACCAACUGAUGACUGCAACCAAGCUCUUGUAGUCCCACAAUUUCCAAAUGUAAAUCCAAAGGCAAGAUGGUCUGUUAUUCAGAAAAACAAUGAUAAUGCAACAGCUUUGUCAUCCUCUACCUCUAUACGAUUGGAAAAAAAUAUGCAUCAGACACCUAACACAUCAAUUCACUAUAAUAGAUGUAACAAUCCGUAUGGGCAUCCAUCUACUGAUAGUUCCCAAGGAAAAGAAACUUCUUUUAUUAUAUUUCCUAAAAGUAGUUCCCAACUCAAUCAAAAGCCAAUAGUAGUGAAGUGGCCCCCACCUUGGAAUGGUCUUGAUUUAGAAAAUGUGAAAAAUAUACUAAGAGAUGAAACAGAAUCACAGAUUUCUAGCAAUUUCGUUGACCUGGACCUUACUAAAGAAUUUAAUCCAUAUUCUGAAGAUGAUUUUAUUUGAGAAAACUGCUGAAAAAAAAUGUGAACUGUAAUAGAUCUGCUAGUGUCCAGUAUACAGAGCUUUUUACUGGUAGCACUUGUAUCGGCAAGUUGUUUGCAAAUAAUAAUAAUAUAUACUUAACACACAUGUAUGUAUAUGUACAAAAACACACAUGUAGCAUAUAUCUAAAUCAUGUACAUGCAAACAUGUAUGUAAAUUUAUAUAUUAUGUUGUUACAUAUAUCUAUACAUAUAUAUAGAGGCACACAUAGAGUAUGUAUAUAUACAAAUGUAUAUAUGUAUGUAUCUCCCUCUCUUUCUCUCUCUCUCACCCUAUCUAUCUAUCUAUCUAUCUAUCAGUCUGUCUGUCUAUCUGUCUAUCUGUCUGUCUAUCUGUCUGUCUGUCUGUCUGUCUGUCUGUCUGUCUAUCUAUCUAUCUAUCUACAUAUCAUCUAUAUGUAUACAUAUAUACAUAAAUACUUAUACAUAGACACUGUAUACACACAUACAGAGUUGCUUCAUUACUUGAUGCGACAUUGACUCCACAUUCAGAGAGUACAACAGCACCCUCAUCAUAAAAGUGUUAAUCCUUAAAAAUAAAUUUCGUAUGUAUAUAUUUAACACACACACACACAGAGAACACAUGCAUGCACACGUACACAUACAUGCAAACAUGUGCACACAGAUACACACAUACACACACGUACAUGUAUGCACACGCACAUGCAUACAUGUGCACACAGAUACACAGAUAUAUAUUUAUAUGUUAUAUGUAUAUAUAUAUAUGUGUAUGUGUGUGUGUGUAUAUUAUUUAUAUGUAUAUAUGUACGUAUAUAUGUACGUAUAUAUGUAUAUAUAUAUGUAUGUAUAUAUAUCUAUCUCUGUCUUUCUAUCUCUGUCUGUCUGUCUCUCUCUCUCUCU